CUCCGGCAGAUCCGGUGACACAAAUCGAGCCCCCGCCUGUCGGUUGGAGGUGGGAGCCGGGCGGGGCGGUUGUUGGCUGUUUGCUGGGUGGAGGAAAAGAUGGACACGCAGCGGGACGUUCGAACUUCCAAACGAAACGGCGGCGGCUGUUCGUUGCGGUCGGCCGGUUCCUCCACGGCCAUGGAGGUGAAACGCAAGAAGAUCCGGCAGAGCUCGUUAUUCCUCCAGACAGAGAACAAUAACUUACAAGAAAAGCUGGACUUUGAGGUGCGGAUGCGUGAAGGGGCCUACAAGCUGCUGCUGGCCUGCAGCAAGAGAGAGCAGGUUCUUCACGCCUCCAAGAACCUACUGACCUGCAACUCCAGGAUCAAGGCUUAUUUCACUCAGCUGCAGAAGAAAAAAGAGGAGCAAGACAUGAUGGGAGGCGUCAGAGGACUUUCCGAUCCAGUCUCAGAUGACCGUGUGCCCUGUAGCGGCACAAUUGCAAUGUCUGGGCUGCGUAUUCCCCUGAUGUGGAGCGAUUCACAUCACUUCAAUAACAGAGGGAGCUCUCGUCGAGUGGCCUUGUUCUGUGUGAUGCAGAUCGGCUCCGAGGUGUUUGACACAGACAUGGUGGUGGUGGACAGGUCCGUCACUGACGUCUGCUUUGAGGGAGUCACCAUCUUUAGAGAAGCAGUUCCUCAGUUUGAGCUGAAGGUGGAGCUGUGGAGUUGUGCCCUGGAGGAAGAGCUCACGAUGGUGAACACGCCAAAGAAGUUUGCCAAGAAGCUCCGUAGCUCCUUUGGAAAAACUGCUGGGAAGAAGCUCUGCCCCCUGCUGGAGUCUCCGGACCCUGACACCUUCCUGCAGCACAACCCCAUUCCCUCAGGAGCCAAGUACAGCCUGCUGGCCCACACCACUCUGCGUCUGCCCGAGGCUGAAGGCAGCUUCCAGUCUCACUCCCUCAUUGUCCUCCAAGACGCCGAGUGGUCAUCAUGGCUCCCACUGUACGGCAACCUCUGCUGCCGGUUGGUGGCCCAGCCGACCUGUAUGACACAGACCAUGAUGAGCGGCUACCUGAGUCAGAAGCAAAGUGUGGGGGGACUGAACCGCUGCUGCAGUCUGUACUGUGUCCUGAGCGCUGGCUGUUUGUCCUGCUACUUCACCCCCGAGGAAAUCGACGCGAAAGUUCCUCCCACGCUCAACAUAGCCAUCAAUAGGGACACAAGGAUCCGUGUGAUGGAGAAGGAGUCGGCAGGCAGAAAAUCCAGGAGUAUGUCAGUCAUCAACCCUUCACCAGAGGGAUAUGAGACCGUCGUCUUUACCACUGACACCAGGGAGGAACUGGACGACUGGCUGGACGCCCUCCACCAGCACCUUUAUGACCAGAGCCGGUGGCUGCACUGCUGUGACCGGCUAAUGAAGAUCGAGGUCGCGUCACCACGGAAACCAUCACUCUUCCUCACCAAGCAGGCGGACUCUGUUUACAACGACCUCAGUAUAAAUUCCCCUGGCAAGUUUGAGAGCAUCACGGAUAUUAUCCACAACAAGAUCGAAGAGACAGAUGGCCACUAUCUGAUUGGUCAUGAGGAGGAGAGGGAUGUCCCAAACUGGUCCACUCUGUUCGAGGGAUCUCAACCAGUGGUGGUGCAGAAGAGUCUUCUGUCCCAGAGCAAAACCUCCACCCCAUGCUCAAGCCCAAACCACAACUCCAGCUCUACACCCAGCAGCAUCAAGAAGCGGCGCGCCCCGCCCCCUCCUGCUUAUAAGGAGCCCUAUGCUCCUCCCGCUCGUCCUACCAGACCUCCCCUUCCUGCCUCUCUUCAUCAUCCUCCUCCUCCUCUUCCAUACCAUGAGAAGGAGAACUCCAGCACUUACACCUCUCAGCCGGCCACGAGAUCCAAAACUGGCAGACCGUCACUGGACGCCAAGUUUUCUGCCAUCAUCCAGCAGCUCCAACGGAACAACGCAGGAGGAGCCGGGGCCCUCAGCCGGAAAAAUGCUCCACUGGGUGUCCUCGAUAUUCAACCGCAAGGUCAGCCUCAGGGCCCUGUCCAGCAGCUGGAGUACCAGAGCCUACACAGCCAGAACCCUGAAACCACAGAUGAGCCCGGUUUCGUCAGAGCCGGUCACGGCCCCGCUCCGGCACCGAGGGCCAAACUGAGGAAGUCUUUCAGAGAGAGGAUGAACCUUAAAGCCCUGUGACAUUGACCUGCGACCAAAUCCGGAUUUAACCGACUAGCGCUUCCUUACAACUACUACACAUAUCUAUAACAACUAACUGUUGUUAGUUCUUCAAAUGAGCUGGGGACCAUUGAAGAAAUGGGAUAUCUGAAUAUAUUUGACUGAAACUUUAUAGAGACACUGUGAUGAUAUUAUUGGCAUUACUAUUUGUGCGUUACUUAAAUACUAACAGAAUAGUUGAUCAUUAGGGGGAAUACACUUAUUUCCUUUAUUGCCAUGAGUUUUAAAAGUUGAUCAAAACCAAACUGUACACUAAAUAUAAAACUGGAGCCAUGAGAUGAGGAGCUUGACUUAGCAUAACAAUCAGAUGGAGCUGAUAUAAAAAUCACCUCCAAAGCUCACAAAUUAACAUGAUACAUCUUGUUUAUUUAAUCCGUAUUGAAAACAGACCAAGUUACAGUUUUGUGGGAGAUUAGGUGCCAGACUCUCUCUUGGCUGAGAGCGGUUCAGCCUUGUCAUCACCAGGAAACUCAAACUGUCUGACACAUUCCAGCAAGUCCCCGUUCUCUGCCAAGAACAGUACUGUAUAUAAAUGCCUUAAAACCACAGCCGAUAGCUUUAACACUUUGUUUUUUGUAAAGAUUAAACCAACAAGAUAUCACUUGUUAAACAAUGAGCUUUGGAGGUGCUGGAAGGUGGAUUGGAUACUUUUGAACGUCUUUGUGCUAAAGUAAACGUUCCAGUUUCAUAUCGGAGGGAAUCAGCUUAUUUCCCAAACAGUCAAACUACUGCUAUAACCUAAAGGGAGGGGGAGUGACGUCCCCACCACGUCCAUCACGACAACACAAAUCCCAGUGGACGGCUCGUAUCGCAAUAUCGAUUAUUGUAUCUGUACAGCUCCCCUCUCCGUUCAUACACUUUCUCAUGUGCAGCUUAACCCCCACAGAUAAAAUUGGAAGCCGUGUGUUGGCUUGAGCACCGGCAUCAUCAAUCCCACUAAAAUGGAAAAGGCUUAUUUCUCAGCUCCGCCACUGGAACACGGGCCCAAGAAAGAGUCUUUGCAAAAGCACUCAAAUUGGAAUUGAUCCACUGGCCAACUGUGGAGGAGUCAUUCCUUUUGGAACUAUUGACUUAUUCCACUUACUGUGACGACUUUAUGACCACUAUAGCCCAUUUCAAGGGAACAGGAUUUUAGGAGCAAUUGCAAGCACUAAUGUGAGCUCUCCAUUUCCCAGAGGUCUUAAUAAUGGAGUGACCUUGGUUUUCAGUAGCCACACAGUGUGUCCAACGUAAUUUAACACCGCAGCUAAAAAAACGCUCUGAACUUAAUCGGGCAAAUUAGUAUUUUUGAGUGGCUGAAAAUAACGAACGCCCUUGUGUCUUUUUUUAACAUAUCCAAAACUGCCUGCUGAUAAAUAUUUGAUUUUAUCUCACCCUCUAAAUUCUGUUUAAUCAAAAGGGAGAGAUGCAAAUCUGGGUAGAGGCAGAUUACAGGAGGAUUUAGUUUAAGCCUUGAAAUAAUAGAGAAUGGAUUGUGCAAAAGGGGACGCAGCUCAAUAUUAGAGGUGCAUUUAAAUGUCUCCUGUGCUUGGUUGAAUUAGUCACUUCAAUGCUAAACUCUUUAUACCUGGGAAAAUCCAAGGGAAAUUGCAGAUAAAUCCUCACAGCUUUUGUUUUUUACUGAUGCAGUUAUGGCUGAAAUCAUCACAACAAUUAUAUUUGAUAACCUGCAUCUCAGCUUUGCUUUUACUUAGAAUAAAGACAGCGAAAAAACAAUAUACAUUCCAUGUUAGUAUGACUGACUCUUACUGUGAAAAUGUACAUUUACCUGUGAUUUAACAAGCUCGGAGCAUUCUCACUUUAAUCCUGAUUUAAACUAAUGAGCCAAAUUUAUAUGCAUGAUUUAAAAGUCUUUUCAUUUCUUAAUUACACAUCAACAAUAGCAGCCAUUAGCAUUUAAUAUGAUAUACAUAUUCCUUCUUUAUAGGACAAUAGUUCCCUGUCAUCUCAAAUUGACUUUAAAGCACAUUCAUUAUUUAGACUUUUAGUGGAUCGGUUCUUAUGUACUAGAGAGGCAGUGAUGUAUAUUAACCUUGAAUCUCUCUUGCAGUGUAAUUUGUGACUAGUGCAAUGUUAAGUACUGUAGUUAAUUUUCCUUCCUCAAAAGGUGCAAUUUUCUCUUCUCUCUGUUCACACUUGUCUCAGAACCCUAACUGUAUUUUUCUUGUAUAUUGCUGAUCUGCAAUAAAACAGCCGACAUUCUA